AUGACUGGAAUACGCCAAAUUGCUUCUAAUUUAUCUGAUGAAUAUAAAAAUCUUUUAGCGAAAAUAAAAGAAAUGGAGAAAUUUAUGGUUGAUGUAUGUGGUGAACUCACCACAAUGCAUAAAGUCAUUUGUGCUGGCUUUGGACAAGGAAAUGGAUCCCAGACAUCUGCUUCUGUUUCUCUUGAUAAUCCUUCUGUUGCUGCCAGUUCCAUUGUCAGAAUUCCUGCUGGCAUCGCUUCUGAAAUUAGCUGCGAAAACAAGGACAAAGUCUUUAAGUUGAUUCAAGAGUACAUGCGGAGGGACAAAUUUACUCUCAAUGAUCCUGCCCUUGUCAAUGCCAACAAGACAAAGCCAAGGCGGGAAACGGAUGUCUUCUUUAAUAGAAGCCUCAACAAGAAGAUCGUUGCCAAUCUUCUUGGUUACCUGCUCCCAAAGUUUGUUGGGCAGGGUAUAAAAACAAGCGAAUUCUGUACUAUAGUGCACACUAACUUCCAGAGUACAACUCGUAAGGACAGGGAAGAUCCUAUGAUGCGAGCUGCCACUAACGCUUGCGGAAGACGAGCUGCAAGAGAAACUAAACACUUCAACUGCCACGUAAUGGCAUAUGUGUUAAACAAGGAUGUCAUUGAUGCUUUAAUGAAGGGGAUCUAUAUGGACAUGCAAGAAAAAUUAGGGUCGGACAUGCAAAAAAAGACCAAAAGGGAGAAUUAA